CUGCCAUUGGCCCAUUUCUCGCUCUGACUUCAUAAGGAGCCCUGUGAGGACAGGAUUCCACACGCCUAUAUAAGCGGCUGCGCGGCCCAGGUUUUUGUCCGCUUUACCAGGGAGCUAUUUCGGUGACCUGUGUGACUUGGACCCAUCUUUGCGUGCGCUUGAGCUGGUUGGUGUUGGUGUGCUGUUUGGUUUGUUUGUUUGUUUCUUGUUCUAUUUGGUUUUUUCUUUCCCCCAUUUGGAUUUAGUUUGUUGUUUUCCUCCUAUUUCUUUUUUGGCCCAUUGUGUCUUUUUUUGCAGUUUUGUUCGUUUUUGGCUUCCCCGCCUCUGUAGCUAGACAGUGCGGCUAGAUCUCAGAGUGUUAGUGUAGCUAUUUAGUGGUUGUUGUUUUGGAGUUUCUCUGGUUUUUGUUUUCUGUUUUGGUGAGACAGGGCUUAGUCUUGCCACUGUGUUUGCUAAGUGUAGUUAGUAUAGGUAGUGUGGUGCCCUAGUCAGCUCAGCAGGUAGUCCCCUUGUUGUCCCUUUCUUUUCUUAGUUCUUGUAGUUAGGGUAGCUCCUUAGUUAGUGUGUAUGGACAGGCAUAUUAGACAGAGUAGCGCAGAGAGUGUAGUCAGGGACACCAGCCUGGAAGGCCGUAAGGGUCUGGAUGCCAUCACCAGCCGUCAGCUUGGUCUCCAGUUGCUGUUGGUCCUGGGCCAGGGCAGCUUUGGCCUGGUGGUGCUGGCCCAGCAGGCGUCCAGCCAGCGGCAGGUGGCUGUGAAGAUAUUCCUUGAAGACUCCAGCGAGCCCUCUGGCACCAGGCGAGUGAUGCAAGAGGCCAGCAUCAUGCAGCUCCUGAGGCACCCGAACAUCGUGGAGCUGCUGGAGGUGGGGCGCGUCGGCCAUUACCACUGCCUGGUGAUGGAGCUGGUGGACGGGGGCAACCUCUACCAGUACAUGAUGGAACAGGGCUGCCUGCCGGAGCCCGAGGCCGUGUUCAUGUUUGACCAAGUCCUGGCGGCCGUGGGCCACUGCCAUGCGCUGCGGGUGGCGCACAGGGACCUCAAGCUGGGGAACCUGCUGCUGGACUCGCAGCUCAACGUGAAGCUGGCGGACUUCGGGCUCAGCAGCUACCUGCCCGUGGACGUGCUGGUGCAGGGCUUCCGCGGGACCCCGGAGUACAGCGCCCCGGAGGUGUUCCAACAGGAGCCCUACGACGCCUUUGCCUCCGACAUGUGGAGUUUGGGGGUCAUCCUCUUCACCAUGCUGGCGGGGAUCAUGCCCUUCAGCGGGAAGGACUUGGUGGAGCUGCGGGAGUGCAUCCAGAGGGGGAGCUACCAGCUCCCGUGUGGGGCCAGCCGGGGCCUGGAGAAGCUCCUGAGCUCCCUCCUCAGCAGGGACCCGUGCGACAGACCCACAGCAGAAAUCGCCCUCCAGCAAUGGUGGUUUGACCCUCUUCUAGAAGGAGCGGAGGGCGAGGAGCUGAGCGUGGUGCAGCCCCUGGCGGUUCCCGAGGACCCAGAGGCCCAGGAGUACCUGGCGGGCCUGGGUCUGCUUCCGGACGCUGCAGCCUCAGAGCCAUCUGGCCCUGGGGGAUCCAGCCGGAUGUCCCUGCAGCCGCACUCCGGGAGCCUGGAGCAGGGACAAAGGGAGCCUGAGUCGGAGUGCGAGGCAGAGCUGGAGUCCGAGUCGGAGCCUGAGUCUGCGUCGCAGCUGGAGUCGGAGUCGGAGUCGGAGUCGGAGUCGCUCCCCCAGCCUGAGCUGGAUCCUGCUGCUGCUGGCCCCGUGGUUGCCUCUCCCCUCCCUGGACAGCUGCAGGAGAGGAGCCCUGGUGCCAGCCCAGCCCCCGAGCCCGUCCCCGUGGUCGCCCCCUCCAGCCCCAGUCCCGGGAGCAGUCCGCACCUGGUGGUGCCAGAGGUCCCAGCAGCUGAGCCUGAGGAGGCUGGGCCCUCAGCAUCGGCCUCUGUCCCGAGCAAGGGCCGGCAGGGGCUGGGCAGGAGGAUUGGCAGGAGCAUCCUCGGAUUCCUCCUGCGUGCCUGCUGCCUGCCGGCCCCAGCCCGCGGCCCUGGCCCCCGCAGCCGAAAGGUGGCCCCCAGGUAGCCUGCCUCAGUGACAAGCUGACCUGCCUCAGGGCUCGCAUUUGCUUGAGACUUUGCUGUGCUUCUCCCCAAUAAAAGUCUUCACUGUA